AUGGAGGACCAGCCCCAGUCCGGACGUUCGGUCAUGACUGUGGAGCCCAACUUUCCUUACAAGAUGCUGACACUUCAGAAACAGAGGAAGGCCAGGACCCUCAAGCGCAAAUUCAAGUCUCAGGCCGUGGGCGACUCUGUGCCUCUCAUCUGGUCACAGCAGGAGCACGCUGAGCCUAGAAAGAAAUCUGCAGAAAAGAAGUUCCAACGAAACCUCCACCCUGACACAUCUCAGACCCAAAUCCAGGUUACCGAGAAGCCCAGCAUCACCAUCCGCACCGUUUUCAGCAUCGUCUCCAACACCAUCAACCACACACAGUCCUCUUCCAAGUGUUGCUCUUCUGACUCAGACACGGCCACAGUCCUGGGCGGUUUAAUUGAGACCCCCAUCCGCUGUGCCUCCGCAGACACCCCUGAUAUUUCCUUGCUGGAAUCCUAUGAUCCCUUCAACACGUACCUGUGGCAGCAGGACAUUGAAAACGUGAUGGACCCCGAUACCAGCACCUUGUCCUCGUCCUCCUUCUCCCCAGCCACCUACCCUCCCCGCUUCUCCCUCCCAUCCGCUUACUCCUCCUCCCACAGGCGCAACGAAAAGGCCCAGGCUCUGGGAUCUGGGCAGAGGCAGCGGCCUCCACCCUCUCAGAAGACCGCAGCUGCCCGCGUCGCCGCUUGGAAGGUUCCAUUCCUCCGUGACCAGUCCAAGAGGGUCUCAGCAAUGCGUGAUCCAUCCCGGAAGAUGUCGACUGCACCCAGCCCACCCCGGGGGGCCCCAGUGGUACCCGCUGUUACCCAGAAGACCCCAGCAGUACAUGGCCCCCCUUGGAAGGCCCCACCUGUAUCCGUUACUUCCCGGAAGGCCGCAACCAGUCCUGGCCCGGCCCGGAAGGCCCCACCUGUAUCGCCUACUUCCCGGAAGGCUGUAUCUUCCUCUGUCCCAGGAAGGAAAUCCGUGUUCCUACCUGCCCCAUCCCAGAAGGCUCUGACCUCACCUACUCAACAGCAGAUGACACCGGACGCUGCCACUUUGGGCACGUUGCCCACGGGAGGUCCUAGAGGGCGCGUGCUCAAGAGAAGCCAGCGUGAGGGGACGCCAGGACCACUGAUGUUUGUGGGCACCCAGGAGAUGGACCUGAUAGAGACAAGGACCCAGAAAACAUCCCAGGACCUGCCUUUUACCACCACCAAGAAGGAGUUGGAGGAGGUCGUGCUCACUAAAGCCCUGAAGAUCACCCUGGAUGGCUUGAAGGGCAGGGGCAAGUUGGAGGACAAGGUCCACAGAAAGAAGGAGGAGAUAUCCCUGGACAAGCCUGGCUUAACCUCCCAGACGGUGGGGCAACAGCAGAAGUGGCUCAAGACCCAGGAGGUGGUCAUCCAGGGACCCCCGGAGGAGCAAAGCAGGCCGUUCUCGGUGGAGGGGCUCACCCUUGCCAAGCUGAUGAUCAUGGCCAACUCCAAGGAACCGCCCCUGAGGCCAGCAACAGUCAAUCCGUCCUCCUGGCUCUCGAACCCCCCGAUGCCUGACACGUCAACAGUCAGCCCCAGUGAGGUGCCCUUGCUGCAGGGGACACCAGAGGUGGUUGGAGAGCAGUCCCUGUUUGGCACCUGGGUGAAGGAGAGAAUGCAUCCGUGGGCUGAAGGGAGCAUGUAUCACUGGGUAGAGGCACAGCCCCAGGUUCCAAAAGAGGCUUCCGAAGUGCCUGGCCUCCCCAGGCAUGAGGCCAGCAGCCUGAUGAUGGACAAUGUCUCCCCAGAUCCCAUCAGUCUGCCUGCAUCAAGGUGGGAGGAGGUACCCCCGUGGCCCAUCUCACUGACCCCCAUCUCAGAGAUGAAGGCCAGUGUGUUCCAGCAGCCAAAGAGAGCAUCUCUUGAGCCCGAGGGGCAGUCAGACCAGCUCGAGGGGAGGUCAGACCAGCUCAAGAAGACUCCAGACCAGAUGCCAGACCAGCUCGAGGGGAUGCCAGACCAGCUUGAGAGGAUAGACCAGCUCAAGAGGAUGUCAGACCAGCUCAAGGGGAUGUCAGACCAGAGUCCCCUGGCCAUAACAAAGUUGUCCUCUGAUGUCAUCUUACCAACGCUCGUAGAAAAUGAGAAUAUGAUGGACAUGGCCCCUGAGGUGAAGGACAUAGAGGAACCGGGUGCUUACAGUCCUUCAGCCAGAAGAAACAGCCACUGCAAAGGCCGUGAGGCAUGA